AUACUCGGACCUAGGUUUAUUGAUCGACAUAUGCUUUGCAGAAAUAAGUUUUGAUUUCGAAGGGAAGCAGAAAGAGAGAGGUAGAGAGAGAUGAAGCAGCCGAUGAUUCAAAAUCCGAUGAUGUCUUCGUCGUUUCCUCCAACAAACAUCACCACCGACCAGAUCCAGAAGAAACCAUCACUCUACCCUUCCCAGACGCCACCUCAGUUCCUCGACGAAAACAAGCAAUUAAUAUUAGCAAUAAUGAAUAACCAAAAUCUUGGAAAGCUUGCUGAAUGUGCACAGUACCAAGCUCUACUCCAAAAGAAUUUGAUGUAUCUAGCAGCCAUUGCUGAUGCUCAACCACCAACACCGACACCGGCACCAACGCCAACACCCACAAUCUCAUCUCAGAUGACCCCAGUUCCACAUCUAGGGAUGCAACAGCAAGGAGGAUUUUAUAUGCAGCAGCAGCAGCAUCAUCCUCAAGCUGUCAUGGCUCAUCAACCUUCUGGUUUUCCUCCACAAAUGGCAGCUAUGCAGUUCAAUAGCCCACAGGGUAUCCAAGCACAGAUGGGCGGCAUAUCUGGCGGCCCUAUGCAUGGCGAGCCCACCCUCAGAGCCUCAGCCCCUACUGAUGUCUGGAGGGGCGGCAACAGCAUGCAGGAUGGUGGUGGUGCCGACGGUGCUAAGGAUGGUCAUGGAUCUGCCGCCAGUGGGUCGGAGGAAGCAAAGUAACAAAACAUAUCGAGUUAUUAGUCCGACGGAUGUGGAUAGUAGGUCUCUUACAGUAGAACUAGAAUCUUAAUCCAAGUUCAUGAGCAUUGAACUUUCUUACUGUGUGUGCAUUGUUUUCUUUAGGGAAGGCAAGUUUUCUGUUUGUUUUACUGAAUGAAUGUGUUUAAAUUAAAGGAUGCAUUUGAUCAAUCGAUUACGCGGUAUCUUACUUGCAUUUUCGUUCUAAAA